ACCACAGGACCUCUGACAAGAUGGCGGGAAAGUACGAAAAGCUGUGUCUGCUCGGAUCUGGCAGUUUUGGCCAAGCAUGGCUUGUCACAAAUAAAGAUCAAUUGAAAAGUGUCCUGAAAGAAAUCAAAUUGACGUCACUAUCAGAAAAAGAAGUUGACCAAGCGUUGGUUGAAGUGACUGUUCUUGCUAAGUGCCGACAUGUGAAUGUUGUGAAGUAUCGAGAAACAUUUGUGGAAGAAAAAUGCCUCAAGAUAGUGAUGGAGUAUGCCGAUGGAGGAGACCUACAAAAGAAAAUACAAGAUCAAAAAGGAAUUCAUUUCUCCAAAGAAAUUGUGUUUGAUUGGUUUGUUCAGAUCGCGUUUGCUCUGAAGUACAUUCAUGGGAAGAACAUCCUCCAUCGAGACCUGAAACCCCAGAACGUGUUCCUGACCAGCCAGAACAUCGUGAAGCUUGGCGACUUCGGCAUCUCCCGCAUCCUUCAGAACACGAUGGACCACGCCGUGACCACGAUCGGCACCCCUUUCUACCUCAGCCCUGAGAUCUGUCAGAAACGACCCUACAAUCACAAGAGUGACCUGUGGGCCCUUGGCUGUAUCCUGUACGAGCUCUGCUGUCUGCGAGUGCCAUUUGAUGCCCCCAACCUCACGUCCCUCGUCUUGAAAAUUGUGGAGGCAAAGUAUCAGCCAGUUCCCACGCACUACGGCCCCCUGAUUGAGGAUCUGGUCAGCGUUCUGCUCAGCCCCAAUCCUGACAAGCGUCCGUCUGCUGAACAGCUUUUGACCGUACCUAACCUCCAGCCCUAUAUUGAGCAACUUCUCAAAGGUCAUAUCGAAAGAAAACGCAGCAUUACUGAAUCCCCCCCCGAGUGUGAUCCUCCUCUGCCCAAAUCCUGCAAGGACAAAGUCGAUCCUCCAAGUGUACCCAGAAACAUUGAAAAGCCAUGUCGUGUGGAGAAAAAAAUGGAGGAAGUUGUCUCCCCUUUGAUACGGGUUGGUCUGAGGCGAGAUUCAAUACCGAAGGUCAAGGUCAGGGUGACGGGCAGGAGAGCGUCUGCUCCAGCUAUAUCACAUUUCUCUGAUAUGCGUGCUUCAAGUUGUCACCCUGCGCGAAUCUUUAACGGCAGAGUUAUUUCCCCUUGCAUAAUGGAGGAAACAAGUAGCCCAGAAGCGAAAACACCGGAGAAAAAUCCACCAAAGUCGAAACGUGCAGACCGUAUACCUGUUUAUAAUAAACCAGAUCCAAAAAAGAUUAUUUUCGAAAAUAAGGAGAACAUCCCGUCGAUGUACAAGGGGGGGCGCGUCUUGCGGCGCCACUCCCUCUUCACUCCCGCCAUCAACUCACUCGUCAAGACGCAGAGGGAGAUCAUGUCCUGUCAGGUUCCGAAACGCGUCCCCAAGGCGAAGAACGGCCCACCACCGACAAUGAACCUGUACCGAGUUUACCUGAAUUCCCAGUCUGAGUGCGAGUCUCCCGCGACUGCAGCAUCGUCCGUCAGCUACACCACCGACGACGACGUGUUUGACUCCGGGCACACCCCUAUGAGUGUCUGCUCCAGCAGGCCCACCAGCUCCAUCAGCUCGCUCACCUACAAGAUAGACAGCAUGACGGUGACCGAGACUCCUCCACAGGACUCUCCGACAUCAGCUGUUUCCAGCUCCUCCAUGAAACAACUCCAAGUCCUGUACGAGUCCGUCAUCGCCAAUCAUGGUAGCACACGCAAAGCUGUGGUGACCUUGACCUCCUACCUGCAGGAACAGCUGGGGGCCCAGUCAUUCCAGCACUUGUACAGUCUCGUGUUGGACAGCGCCAAGUCAGCCACUGACUUCAAGGUGUUGAGGGAGAAGGCAGGAAAGAAGAUCCUGUACAUGCCGAUGGUCAUUCAGCUGCUGCAGCUGGAGAAUGCUCUGGGAUAGACGCGCGAUACGACUGUGACAUCUGUGAUAAAUGUCUUUGAUGUUGUUUCAGGAACUGUGUAUCUCAUCACAGUGCCUGGUAGAUUUUGACAAAUUGUUUGGUUUCCACACUUGAGAUUAUUGUAAGUCAUGCAGUUCUGUUAAGGUUGUGAAUGAAGUCUGGUGUUGACUGGAUGUAAUACAGUCUGCAGGUGUGUUAUUGAAACCUGCUGACUCCAUGAAACGUGGUGUGCAAGUCCGUGAAACAUGGUGUGCAAGUCCGUGAAACGUGUGCAAGUCCGUGAAACAUGGUGUGCAAGUCCGUGAAACGUGGUAUGCAAGUCCAUGAAACGUGGUGUGCAAGUCCAUGAAACAUGGUGUGCAAGUCCGUGAAACAUGGUAUGCAAGUCCAUGAAACAUGGUGUGCAAGUCCAUGAAACAUGGUGUGCAAGUCUGUGAAACGUGGUGUGCAAGUCUGUGAAACAUGGUGUGCAAGUCUGUGAAACAUUGUGUGCAAGUCCGUAAAACAUGGUGUGCAAGUCCGUGAAACAUGGUGUGCAAGUCUGUGAAACAUGGUGUGCAAGUCUGUGAAACGUGGUGUGCAAGUCCAUGAAACAUGGUGUGCAAGUCUGUGAAACAUGGUGUGCAAGUCCAUGAAACAUGGUGUGCAAGUCCAUGAAACAUGGUGUGCAAGUCCAUGAAACAUGGUGUGCAAGUCCGUGAAACAUGGUGUGCAAGUCUGUGAAACAUGGUGUGCAAGUCCAUGAAACAUGGUGUGCAAGUCCGUGAAACAUGGUGUGCAAGUCCGUGAAACAUGGUGUGCAAGUCCGUGAAACAUGGUGUGCAAGUCCAUGAAACGUGGUUUGCAAGUCCGUGAAACAUGGUGUACAAGUCCGUGAAACAUGGUGUGCAAGUCCGUGAAACAUGGUGUGCAAGUCCGUGAAAUGUGGUGUGCAAGUCCGUGAAACAUGGUGUGCAAGUCCGUGAAACAUGGUGUGCAAGUCUGUGAAACAUGGUGUUAGUCAAUGAAACAUGGUGUUAGUCAAUGAAAGUAGGUAUCUGUUGAUAAGAAUCAUAAAGCCUUAUGGUAUUAUUUAGAAAAGGGCAAAUAGACGUGUUCAGCCAGCUUUGGGGAGAUUAUUGCCUUUGAGACCUGUGAUAAACCCUGUGCUAUGUUCAUAGUUAUUAUAUUUAUGUACGAGAGUAUUACUAUAUUUAUACGGACAUGUCCUUUAUGUGAAUAUAUUGUACAAAUAUGAAGAAGUAUAUACACAUCUGUGCUACAACAAAAAUAUAUUAUUUUCAGUCUCCAUUAAAUGCUGCAGCCAAAAUAUUUUAGUGUUGUUAUUUGC